CUCGAUGAAAGCCCACAAAUCCUACGUGCUUUAAGUCUUAUGAAACGUAGUUCCGAAUCUUGAGAACGACGGGAUGCGCAUGUUAACUACGGAAUUGACACCCUAGUCCGUGUGGACUAGGAAAUGUAAAAGGCGCUUAUGAAACGCGCAAAAGUCUAUACGCGUGCGAACUAAGAUUUAUGUUUCAUUGCCAAUAUAAAUUUGGCACUCGUACAAACUGCACACUUAAAUGCUUCUGCUUAUGAAACGUGCUCAUGUCUUGCACAAACUAUGACAAACAUAAUUAUUGCGCAAGAUACACACGACAGACGCCACGCGGUAUGCGCAUGUAAACUAGUAUAUUAUAGUACCCUCACACCUAUACGAAUUACUAAAUCUAGAGCGGACGGCUCAACCGAGAUCUCGCGAGACCUCGCGACACCGUCAAGUCUCGCGAUACUUUGAGUUGAGGCCUACCCCUGGGCGCCCACGCUGAUCACUGGUCACAGCUGUUAGACCCCCGAGGACCCCCCCUGCGCUCUAUCCCCUCUCAGGGGUCUGCUGUCAUUCCUAGGGGUCCCAGGACCCCCACCGCUUCGCUCUCUGAGCCUACCACGCCUUGAUCAUCUCAGAACCCGCUGUGCUUCCCGAGACUCCCGAGUGGGAUUACUGUGGGGGAUCUACCGUCUAAAGUUCCAGGGGGGGGGGGGGUCUCAGGAUCCCUCUGCACCCCCUCUUACGGGUCUCCACUCAUCUCUCGGGGUCCCCUCUGCCUCUGCACCCCCUCUUACGGGUCUCCACUCAUCUCUCGGGGUCCCCUCUGCCUUUCCCAAGAGUUCUGCUCAGGAACCUCCCUUAGGCUAUUUAAGUCUCCUCUCAGGGGGCCUCGGCUCGGCUCCCCCUUUCUCGGGUGUUUCAGCCCCCUGUUAGCCCCUCUUAGCACCCCCGUCCACACGGGGUGGUGGUGGUGGGGGGGUGUCGCCAUGUCCACGGCGAUGUUGUUCGACUUCACGGAGAGCAGGAAAGCGCUCACGACCUCGGCAUGGGAGUCUCUGAAGAACAAGAGCACCGACGUGAUCGUGGCGGCAUUCGGACAGCUCAACGGCAGUGAGCUGGAAAAACGGAGCGCACUGGACCAGGCUGUCAGAGACGUCCUCAAGGAGUUGAUCGUGAGGCAGAGCGACUGCAAGGAUGUCCUGGCGGUUAUCUCACUCAGCAUUGACAGUGUCACCGCAGGCGUGUGCUCGGCGUCCACCCCGUUCCUGCUGCUGGGAGAUCUUCUGGACGGCCUCCCGCUCGACCAGUGCGACCACAUCUUCACUUUCGUGGAGCAAAACGUCGGCACCUGGAAGGCGAGCACGUUCUACUCUGCCGGCAAAAACUACCUCCUGCGCAUGUGCAAUGACCUGCUCCGCCGCCUGUCCAAGUCACAGAACACCGUGUUCUGCGGACGCAUCCAGCUCUUCCUCGCGCGGCUCUUUCCUCUCUCGGAAAAGUCAGGUCUGAACCUGCAGAGUCAGUUCAACCUGGAGAAUGUGACUGUGUUCAACACCAACGAGACGGAGAGCACGCUGUGUCUCAAGCUGACGGACGAUCGUGAUGACACGGUGGACAUCGAGGAGGGAGAAAUGGGAGAGGACGACAUAGUGACCACGAGCUCCGUGCCCAUCGACUACAACCUCUACCGCAAGUUCUGGUCCCUGCAGGACUUCUUCCGCUGUCCCUUGCAGUGCUACGACCGCCUGCAGUGGAGGACCUUCUCCAAGUUCUCGGACGAGGUGCUCACCGUGUUCAAGAGCUUCAAGCUGGACGACGCUCAUGCCAGUAGCCGCGUCCACGGCGCCGGCGCCGUCUCCCGUGCGCACGGAGAGCACGCUUAUUUCGCCAAGUUCCUCACCAGCGAGAAGUUGAUGGACCUUCAGCUGAGCGACAGCAACUUCCGGCGCCAUGUCCUGCUGCAGCAUCUGCUGCUGUUUCAGUACCUAAAGGGUCAGGUCAAGUUCAAAAGCUCUACGAGUGUGCUUACUGACGAGCAGUCGCUGUGGAUCGAGGACACCAUCAAGCACGUCUUCCAGCUGCUGAAGGAGACGCCUCCCGAGGGUGACAAGUUUUCAAAGGCCAUUGAGCACAUUCUGGCGCGAGAGGAGAACUGGAUCACGUGGAAGAACGAGGGCUGCCCCAGCUUCGUGAAGGAGAGACCGGCAGAAACACGGCCCCAUCGCCCCCGCAAGAGGGCGGCUCCUGAAGACUUCUUGGGCAAGGGGUCCCACAAGAAGAUCCUCAUGGGCAGCGAGGAGCUGACCCGGCUGUGGAACUUGUGUCCCGACAACAUGGAGGCCUGCAAAGCGGAGAGCAGGGAGUUCCUGCCGUCGCUGGAGGAGUUCUUCGACGAGGCGAUCGAGCAGGCGGACCCCGAGAGCAUGGUGGACCGCGAGUACAAGGUGGUGAAUGACUCCAACUACGGGUGGCGCGCCCUGCGUCUGCUCUCCCGCCGGAGCCCUCACUUCUUCCAGCCGACCAAUCAGCAGUUCCGCAGCUUGCCCGAGUACCUGGAGAACAUCGUGACGCGGCUUGCCAGGGAGAUGCCUCCCCCGUCAGAGGAAAUCAAGACCGAGGAUGAACAAGAUAACGAUGACGGGCUGCUAAAGGACGGAGACAGCCCCGAGGGCGCCGCACGUGCCGUGACGUCGCGGCACCUGGAGGCGUGCGCCCUGCUGGUGGGCGCGCGUUGGCGAGCGCUCGUCCAGCACCUGGAGAGCGGCGGCGGCGGCGGCGGCGGCGACGACGACGAGGAGGAGGACGACGGAGAGGGCGGGGCGAAGGCCGGCAGCGCGGCCGGACGCGGGGAGGACGAGGACGAUGACGAGGAGGGGGCCCUGGAGGCGCUGCUCGCGUGGCAGGAGAGGGAGGGCCCCCGCGCUACCGUGGAGGCCCUCCACACCGCCAUCAGCGCCAUUGGCCUCUCGCCGCCGUCUGACGGCUCGGAGCCCGACGCAGAGGGGGACAGGGAUUGAGGGGGGGGUGGCCGGAGCUGCGGGUGGGGGUAGCGCUGCCCGUGACCGGCUUCUCACACCGACCCCUGAUCUUUGGCCUGACCAAGGACCUGACCCCCGAGGUGUUCUUGGGAAGGCCGCAUGAGAAGCGCAGGUUGUUAAUAACGGGGCCUUGUCACGAGGGUUUAGUUGGUAGCGCCCGCCGGUCGCAACUUUGACCCCCUGCUUUAGCCUGACGCAGAACCUGAUGUCUGAGGCUCUGGGGAAAGAUGGGGAUAAAUGGGAACGAAUUGAGGGUGGUAGAGAAGAUGGAACAGGCUGACCUUAGCCCUUAUCUGACCUCGAACCUGACCCUGACGUCAUCUAGGAAGGCUGCAGGGAGAGCUGGGAUGUGUAGGAGCCAUUGGCUCGAGGUGUUGAUGGCUGGUCUUUGCCCUAAUUACGAUCCUGGAACGUUGUCGAGAUGUUGUUGACUCUUGAGCAGGGACAACCGGCUCCUGCGUCGGGGCCAUGGCUUGAGGUGUUUCGCUGUAGCAGGGCGCGUAUGUGGGAAUGCAGCGCCCCCUAGUGUGCAGAUGAGAGGAAAUGUCACUUGAACAGAUCUCGGAAGCAGCUCGCCGAUCUCCACUGCGACUGCUGCUUCCACUUCCACUGCUGCUGCUAUGAAAGAGUUGUGAAUGGGGUUUUUCAUCGUUCCAUGACGUGACACCGAAAGCGGAGUUUGACUGAAACACAGGGGCCUUGGCCGUGAUAGUGACCUUUGAACAUGACCCUGACCUCACCCUGGAUUGUUGUAGAAAUGUUACUCGACCCAAGCAGACACAGGCAUGUCCUUGGUGGACCGGACUCAGCCUUUCAAGGCCGUUACUCCUUCCACCAUUUUCACAAUUCAUCAAACAGCCAGAGCUAAAAGCUCGUUGCCAUUAUUAGUUUUUUUAAAGAAAUAAGUCCGUCCUUGGUGAAAAUUAGCAAAGGAGCAGCAUUCGUAUCUGUUGAUAGUCCCUUGUAGAAAUUCCAUGUUCUUGUGGCAGGCACCAUUCUAGCCAAGAGAACCAAUCGCUGUUGGCUUCCCACAAAGCAGUACAUACUUUACAACGGUAGCAAUAAGUAUGAUGAAGGGUUUCAGUGCCUCACUUGACCGUUUACGGUAACACGGUGUAGGCUCUGCCGUCCCGGCCUCGAAGCAAGGGCGCUUUAGCGGGUCAUGUAGCGAUGUUUUGUUGUUGAAAUUAGCAGCUGUCCUGGAAAAAAAAAAUAUUUCCCACAGAUCAUUUUAACAAAAAUAUAGCCCAUGCCAGAGGCGUGGUUGGAACACUUCUCAAUAAACGUUUGGUCAGUUUAUUGUUUUGUACCGUCUUUCCACAGAUGGCUGCACAAUGAUAAUAAACCGUUCAUAUUUUGAUUUAAGGCUUUCGUGACUGCAGGGAUUCAUAUUGUUGGUUCUUUCGGUUAAGUCACGUAGAAAGGGAAACAACAAUAUUGUUUUAUAUUUGUAUUUUAUUGUUUCCCUUCUACGUGACUUUACCGAAAGAACCAAGAAUACCGUUCAUAUUUGUUCGCUUAGUCCACCCACCACACGUCACUCUCGGCACAAAUCCUAAUUCGUGUACAGAUGAGAUUUUGUGACGUUAUCAAGUUGGUUUUUUUUCCCCCAAGACCAACCCAACUGGGGGGCACUGCCCCCCCCCCCCCCCCAGAUUGUUGGCAGAGCAGAGAAGGCGAUCUCUGCUGGGGCUUUGCGAUUCCGCUAUACAGUACAGUGCCCACGUCCCCCUUGGUACGUUUGACAUGCAACAAUUUAAAGAUAAUGUUUUAAUUAAAAAAAACUUUGUUUUU